AUGGGCUGGGGGUGCCGUGUGCCAGGAUGGGGUGGGGCGGCCCUAGGCCGGCCUGACUCCGGGACCGGGCUGCGGGCGAGGGUCUCGGGGCCCGGCUCGGCCGGCUUCCGGGCCGAGAAAGAAGGGCAGAGGAAGCGGUCAGGGUCCCCUCCGGCCCCGGCCUCCCUCCCGGAGUAUAAGCCCUUGGAGGCCAGGUUUUGGGUUGCUGCCGCCCAGCCCUUUCGGUCUCCACUUCUCCCCACGGACGUUUACAGCUGCUCGCUUUAUUUCUCCCUCCAUUCCCCCGUGGAGCCCCCUCGGCAGCAGAGGGGUCGCGUGCUUCUCCUCUCCCGCCUGCGCCUCCCUCCUUCCCACCCGACAGCCCAGGAGGAGCUGCGGGCGCGGCCCUGGGACGGCCGGAGCCUGGGGCGUCUGCUCGCUCGCGCCCUCCCAGGCGUUGCCGCGGGUCCGAGCCCCCGCAGAGGUGGGCAUAGCCCCGGGGCCGCAGAAAACGAAGGCAGCUGGGCAGGGAUGCUCGAUUUCCCGAGCCCCACUUUCCUUUCACAGCCCACUGGGAUGUGUAGUUCUUCCGCCUGCAGGCCUGCGCCGAGGAGAAGCACGACUCGGGGCCUUAGAAACUACAAGUCCCUGCAUCCCCCGCGACAAGGGCAGGAGAGGCGUGGUGCUGGGCGUUCUGGGGCUAGGUGGUGGGAGAUGGGAACCAACAAAGGGGGUUGUGGGGAACGGUGCCUUCUCUGUACUGGGCAGUUUGCACGUUACACAUGUUCUUUGUCUAAUCUUCGCCGGAACCCGGUGAGGCAUUAUUGUAUCCAGCUUAGAGAAAGCUUAACUACUGGCCAAACAUCACAAAGCUCCCAAGUAGUAGAGAUGGCAUCGAACCCAGAGCCCUAA